CGGUAGUAAGCGAAUAGCCCGCGAGCUUGCCUUGACCAUGGCAUCAAAAAUAAAAUAUUAUUAUAUUUAUCUCCUCGUAAUCGCAUGUGUGUGUGUGCAAGCGAAAUUGAAAUUUAAAAUAUGCGUGCCGUUGCAGCAUAUAAAAUUAUGUCAGAAGAUGGUGAACACAGACACACAGAGCAAGACACAAAUAGAGUGUGUUGCGGCUAGAGACAGGGUGGAAUGUCUGAGCUUAGUCCAACAGCGGCAAGCAGACAUCGUGCCAGUUGACCCUGAAGAUAUGUACUGUGCGACCAAGCUGCCAAAUGAGGACUUCGUUCUGAUACAGGAGUACAGAACUGAUGAUGAGCCUGAUGCGCCAUUUAGAUACGAAGCUGUCAUAGUAGUUCACAACGACCUGCCAGUCAACAAUCUGGAUCAACUGAAGGGGCUGAAGUCUUGCCACACAGGAGUCGGCAGGAAUGUUGGAUAUAAGAUACCCCUUACCAUGUUGAUGAAACGUUCAGUGUUCCCGAAGAUGAACGACCACAGCAUCUCACCGAGGGAGAAUGAAUUAAAAGCAUUGUCAACUUUCUUCUCAAAAUCUUGUAUUGUGGGAAAAUGGUCUCCGGAUCCUAAGACCAAUUCUGCUUGGAAGAGCCAAUACAAUCAGCUAUGUUCGAUGUGUGAACACCCCGACAAAUGUGACUAUCCAGACAACUACAGUGGCUACGAAGGAGCUCUGAGGUGCUUGGCAACCAACGGCGGCCAAGUCGCAUUCACUAAGGUCAUUUACGUCAGAAAAUUCUUCGGGCUGCCUGUCGGCAAUAUCCCCGCUGGAACUGCAGAACAAAAUCCAGAUGGCUACAGCUACCUCUGUGUGGACGGGUCUAAAGUGCCAGUGAAGUCCAAAGCAUGUUCCUGGGCAGCUAGACCUUGGCAAGGAUUGCUGGCUCAUAAUGAUGUACUGGCUAAUCUGGCGCCUUUGAGAGAGAAGUUGAAUGAAUUAGCUCGCAUUGGUGGUCGCGGCGACACGACGGACUGGUUCACCAACGUACUGGGCAUGUCCACUAAGAUGCGGCACAUAGCCGACGUGGCUCCCAUCAGGCCGCUGGAGUACCUCAACAAGGCCAACUACACCGAAGUUAUUGAGAGAGGACAUGGACCUCCCGAACAUGUUGUCAGGUUGUGUGUGACUUCAAACGUAGCUCGUGCUAAGUGUCAGGCGAUGUCCACGUUCGCAUUCAGUCGGGACAUUCGUCCGCGUCUGGAUUGUGUCCAACAGGCUACCCAGGAAGACUGCUUGAAGAGCGUACAAGACAACGGUUCAGACUUGGCAAGCGUCGACGACAUGCGAGUGAUGGCGGCGGUCAAGAAGUACAACUUACAUCCAGUGUUCCACGAAGUGUAUGGUGACGCGAAGAUUCCUAACUACGCAGUCGCUGUUGUCAAGAAAGGAACCUCUUUCAAUAAGAUUGAAGACUUGAGAGGACAUAGGUCUUGCCACGAUAAUUUCCGCAGUUUCAGCGGUUUCUUCGCUCCGAUGUACUACCUCAUUAAUAAACAAGUUAUUAAUCACGACCAGUGCAUCAAAAACUUUGCAUCUUUCUUCUCGGCUGGAUCAUGUAUCCCUGGAAUCAAUGACCCGGAAAAUAAUCCUAAAGGUGAUGACGUAUCAAAACUAACACAACAGUGUUCAACCGACAGCAAUCCACUGUCAUGUCUUAGCGAAGACCGCGGUGACGUGGCCUUUGUCUCAAGUGCGGAACUACCAUCCCUCGAUGCAGCACAAUAUGAGCUGCUCUGCCUGAACCGCGAAGCAGGUGGAAGGGACUCCCUCGCAAACUACGCUACUUGUAACAUUGCCAUGGCACCUUCCCGCACUUGGGUAGCAGCCAAGGACUUCCAAUCUGACGUCUCUAUUGCCCACACACCACUCGCUCUGGCCCAAUUACUUGACACCAGAACAGACCUAUUCAACAUAUAUGGAGAAUUCCUCAAGAACAAUGAUGUAAUAUUCCACAAUGCUGCUAGAGGAUUAGCAACUACUGAGAAAAUGGAUUUUGAGAAAUUCAAGCAAAUCCAUGAUGUUAUUUCCAAUUGUGGUAACGCCUAGAAUAAGUUAUAGUUAGCCCUUUAUUGAGGGUUUUGAUAUAUUGACGAAUUAACAAAAUACUAUUGUAAGACUAGCUGUUUUCUUUAGCAGCACCAGUAAAACAUUGACACUAACAAAACAAAUAUGAAUUCUCAAAAACAAAGGCUGAUUGUUUAACUUUUAUUUCAUUACUUACAUUGACAAUAAAUAAAUAAUACCCAACAAUA